UAUGUAUGUAUGCGACUACCGGAUUUUUUGCAGGGUGUACAUUUAUGUACAGAUGCACAUUAGUUUGUUUCUUUUUGUGCAUGAUAAAUUGCGAAGCGAUGAGGAUGUAUGUAGUAAUUUUAGUUAUCUAUGAUAUGAUAUGAUUAUCAGUCAGCGGUCAAACAUAGUUGUAUGAUUAAUUUCAUUGAUUACCAAUUAUAAUAAUGAUCCACAAACGACAUUACUUCUUUUACCGAGAGUGUGAUUGAGGUUCCAUAUAUUUACAUAAUUCAUUUACGCUAAAAUGUUGAAAUUUCAGCAAAUAAUUUUGAGUGCAAUUAUUGCCAUAACUUGUGUGUCCACUGAACAAGUACCAAUCACCCCGAGACUGGACCUAAUUAAUGGAAAUGCUGACAAUAACACGUACACAAUAUUUACCAAGCAAAAGGGGGACCCUGAUCCAGUCUUUGUGUACAUGUUGACCCAUACGACACACAUCUGCAGUAUUGGCAUUUGGAGAUUUUACCCCAUGCCAAACUUUGCAAGAGACCCGGAUCAACCUGCCCUGACCGGAUAUCAAAUCGGAACAUCCGAGAAAUACGAAUGUACCUCUGUUACCCCCGAAUUCGCUGGUCUCCUCGCAGCCACCAAGUCCUACAGAUAUCUCGGGAGUUCAAACCUCAACCAAUUCUCCGUCUCCGUUUAUUCCGAACCCAAUGCGUUCGGUCGAGAACAAGUUUUUGACAAUUUGGCCGAGUUCUCUUUAAUUACCAGCCUCCCCUUCGGCGUCAAUUCCUACCUCGUGACAGGAAUCACUGAUCCCGACGCUGCGAACCAACUCUGGCUCGCCCCCGUGGUCAAGGUCUACUGGGAAACCGAUGGUCGACCCGGAAACCAAAUUUGUCUCGCGGUCGUGAAUCAAAAUGUGGGUGGGGGUGGGACAGCAAAAACAUUUUAUCGCAAGACGCUGACACCCACGGGGAACGAGCCGAAUGAAAUUGUCCACUUUGGGUCGUUCCUGUUCUUGAGAUAUCCAACAGCUACGGGGCCCGGUUUUUGUGAUGAAGAUAUCCAAGAUAAUAUGUUGGGCAUGAUUCGAUUACCGCACCCACCUGCAGAACACGUCAAGUAUAAUAGGACCGAGAAAUAUAUCGUCCAGGAAUCAUAAUGAUGAUGACAUGCCAUUUAAAAUUUGCAUAAAUUUGUAAAUACUUAUUUAAAUGUAGAUUAUGUAUUUAAGUUAUUUGAAAAAGUUGACAUAUUAAGAUUUUGAAAUCUAUGCAAUUAAGAAAGAUGAAAGAUAGCAAUUCGUUAAAUAAAUCAAGUUAUUAUCCUUAUAAAA